AUGGGUUCUUCGAACAUUUCUGGCUGUGCCUCCAGCAGUGCUCCCUCACCUCUCGAUCGCUCUCUCAUUUUCCCGCAGAUCCUCGACCUGAAUCUUGAUGACCCGAAUAAUGACAUUGCCUUUUCGUUCGCGAAAGAGGAUCGUGAAUUAGGAGUGGUCCAGACCGACAUCACUCGGUUUGAGUUCACGCGCGCGGUUCAUCGCGCGGCCCACCUGAUUUCGACCGAGAACACCAGAGGAGGAGGAGGAGGAGGUCGAUUCGUAGCGAUGGUGGCUCUCGCGGACGUUCUCAUCUAUCAGACCAUCGUCGUAGGAUGCAUCAGAGCCGGUCUAGUUCCUUUCCCGAUCUCCCGCCGCAACUCCCCCGUGGCAAUCGUACAUUUGCUCAAGUCGACCGGCUGUCAUCGCGUGCUCACUACGCGAGCGUCCCUGGGACAUCUCGUCGUCGAUGUCAUCUCUGAGCUCGCUGCACAGGAACUGUCGUAUGAGCUGUCCGUGGAAGAGAUUCCCUUGCUGGGAGAACUGUACCCUCAUCUUGGGCGCGAGUCGGCAUCCGACGAGUUUACGCCGUAUCAAGUCUCUGACCCUACUCCACGCAUGACCGACAUCGCAUUGUGCUUGCACUCCAGUGGAAGCACAGGAUUCCCCAAGCCAAUCAGUCUCUCCCAUCGCUUGUUCCUCGAAAUAUCGGCUCUCGGUGCGCUCCGCCAAAUCAAAUUGUACGCACCGCGCUUCGCGAUCGGUACGCUACCGCCGUUUCACGCGAUGGGGUGCUUCGUGCAGCUCAUGGUCCCACUGCUCAACCACGGCACGGCCUGUAUCUUGCCUCCCGCCUCGACAGCAACCGAGUACCGCGUCCCGCCCAACGCGACGUCCGAUCUUGCCCUGCACAACGCAAAGCUCGCGAGAGCCGAUGGACUACUCGCUGUCCCUGCGUUCAUUUUGGAGUGGGGUCGUUCUCCGGAGGCGGUCGGCUAUCUCAAGAGCUUGAAUAUGGUCGCAUUCGGCGGAGGAUCGUUAACGCUCAAGGUAGGCGACGAGCUCGUCAAAGAAGGUGUGAAGAUCGUGCAGUUCUUUGGGGCGACGGAAUUCGGCUUGCCAAAUGUCAUCCGGGCCGACAGUGGUCCCCGAGACUGGGCUUGGCUUAAGUUCUCAGAAACAGUAAAACUUCGAUGGGUCCCAGAGGGUGACGUCAACACAUUCGAGCUUCAAUUCCUGAGUUGCGACACCCUCCACCCGGCAGUUGAGAACCUCCCUGACGUCCAAGGCUACUCGACAAAGGAUCUGUUCGAGAAGCAUCCCACAAAACCUGACCUUUAUCGGACUGUUGGGCGGCUGGAUGACCUACUCAUCAUGACCAACGGAGAGAAAAUGGCGCCAGCCCCAAUGGAAGACAUCUUGCUCUCUAGCCCUUAUGUUUCUGGGGCCGUCAUAUUCGGUCGGGAGAGAAAUCAGCUCGGAGCUCUAGUCGAGCCGAGCGUGGCAUGUGAGGUGAAUACCAUGGACGCUGCGGAAGUUGCCAAGUUUCGAAAUUUGAUCUGGGAGCAGAUGCAAGAAGCGAAUGAGACUGCGCCGGCGUUUGCCCGGAUCUACAAGGAAAUGGUUCUCGUUACUCCCCGUACCAAGCCUCUUCUCCGCACCCCGAAAGGGACAGUGAUGAAGAAAGCCAGCGUUGCCUUACACCGGGCUGAGAUUCACGCGUUGUACGAGACGGUUGAUGCCAGUAUCAGUUCUGCGGACGACAUAGCUGCGCCCGCCAGCUGGACCGUGCCUGAUCUCGUCCCGUGGCUGUCCGCACACGCUUCAUCGCUUUCGGAACGGGAAAUCCACGCGGGCAGCGAUAUCUUCGACCAGGGCUUUGACAGUCUCCACACGACGUUCCUCCGUCACCGGAUCGUCGGUGCCCUGAGCAAUUCAUCGACCUCGAAAUCCAAAGCCUCUGCACCGAAGAUUCCACAAGAUUUCGUGUAUUCGCAUUCCACGAUCGAGUUGCUCGCCACCGCUGUCUCGGCUCUCGCUCUGGGAACACUUCCGGAAGCUAUGGAUCCUAACGCUGCUGUUGAGCAGAUGAUCACGACGUAUUCGACUGCAUUGGGCGGGAGCUCGCCCGCUAAGACUCGGCCGGAAGGCGGCGAGGUUGUGCUGCUAACCGGGUCGACGGGCGGUCUCGGCUCGCAUCUGCUCGAGAUUCUGCUCAAGCACCCGUCCAUUCGCCGUGUCUACGCGUUAAACCGGUACAGCUCGCGUGCGACUUCAGCCUCUCGACAAAGCGCUGCAUUUCUGGAGCGUGGACUGGAUCAGAAGCUUCUGCUUGACCCUGACAGGCUCGUCUUCCUCGAGGGUACUGCUGCUGAUUUGGAGACUUCUAUCUUCGAGACUGUGACUACACAACACAGUCAGCGUGAUCAUUCACAACGCGUGGACUCUCGACUUCAACAAGUCGCUGGCCUCGUUCGAGCCCCACAUCAAAGGCACGCGCAACCUGGUCGAUCUCGCCUGGCCUCGAAUACUGGAGUCCGCUUCCUGUUCACUUCUUCCGUUGGGACUGCUGUCGGCUGGGAUCCGAGACAAGGUCCGUUUCCGGAAGAGCUACAGCCUUGCUCGAGCGCUGCGCUGGGGCUGGAGUAUGGGGAGAGCAAAUACGUGGCUGAGCGGAUCAUCGCUGCCUCCGGACUGGAUGCCACGUCUUUCCGCAUUGGGCAAAUCUGCGGCUCAGCUCGAACAGGGGCGUGGUCCACGUCUGAUUGGAUCCCGAGCCUUGUCAAAUCCAGUAUCGCGCUGGGUGCCUUGCCAUCUGAGCUUGCCGGACUCAACGCGUGGCUUCCGCCUGAAGCCGUGGCGCAAGCCAUCGUAGAUGUCGCGGUGUUCGAGGACCGGGCGCCCGGUGCGAUGAAUCUCGUCCAUCCACGACCCGUCGCGUGGGACACCAUCAUGACUGCGAUCGCCGGCACCCUCCAUCUGCCGUUGAUUGUGUUUUCGGAGUGGAUUGAGCGGCUCGAGAGAGCUGCGGUGGGUGCGACUGCGGAGGACUUACAGCGCGUGCCCGCUAUCAAGCUGCUUGAGUUUUUCCGGUCAGCUGAGAUGAGGGCUGGUGCCGUCCGGUUUGCGACGUCGGUGUCGCAAGAGUAUAGUCCGGCCUUCAGAGAUUUGAAGCCUCUAGACCUCGACGACGCAGCGAGAUGGAUUGGAUACUGGCGCGAGAAGCGUUUCAUUUAGAUCCUUACUGUCAAUCUAUACCAAAUCUUAUCAGUUACUGUAGACCUGAGACACGGACCAAGUACAGUGUCACAAUCUGAUCGUCAAGGACAGACAAAGUACGAUAGAUGCUAUAUAGCCAGGCAGAAAAUGAUCCCUUACGACAAAAAGCUCGUAUUUCACACUCUAUCAUGAUUUAGUCGCUCAUGAGGUCGGGAGGUAGUCGUUGUCUCGUGGGGGUGUUUCGGGGGUUAGAUUUUGUAAUCAUUCCAUCACACACAGCCUGUACAACCGAUGUUACUACAGCCGAACUUCCCACGCAUGUACCUAUGGAUAUCUCAUAGGAAGCCUUAUAACUCAGAUUCAGUUGAAAAGGAUGAAGUGACAGGGUCUCUUUAAAUCUAGACUUGAUCAAACCGAUAAACAUGACUAUUUGCCCCAAAAUACAGA